UUUUCUUUAUUUUUAUUUUUCUUUCCAAACAAACCCUACUUCUAAACCCUCCGCUUCUCUCCACGAAGUCGGACUGCAAAAAGUCGACCUCAUCGGAAACUUCUCACAGAUCAUUCCAUUCCGAACCCUACAACACUGAAUAUUGAAGAGAGAGAGAGAGAGAGAGAGAGAGAGAGAGAGAGAGAGAGAGAGAGAUGUCAUUCAGAUCGAGGGAAAUGAUGAAGAAGAUAAUGAAGAAGAUCGGAGGGGAGAGCAAUUUGGGUCCUGGAGUGAAGGAAUCACUGGAGAAAUGCAUACCCAAAAGCAAAGUCGUCAUGGGUAGAGCCCAACGCGGCCUCUUCGCCGGCCGUCACAUUCAGUUCGGCAACCGCGUCAGCGAAGACGGUGGCAACAAGACAAGGAGAAACUGGAAACCCAACGUACAGGAUAAGCGACUCUUCAGUUAUAUCCAUGAUCGGCACAUCCGAGUAAAAGUCACAACCCACGCCCUACGAUGCAUAGACAAAGCAGGUGGGAUCGAUGAGUACUUGCUAAAGACACCAUACCACAAGAUGGACACAGAGAUGGGUCUCUUCUGGAAAGCCAAGGUCGAGAAGAUGUACGAAGAGAUAGGGGAGAUGGAGGUGGUUUUCUUUUCACCCGAAGACGAAGCCAAGUUUGAAGAGCAGUUUAAAGAACAAAAAUUCGCUGAGAGGGCAGCUCGUAGGGAAGCAAGAAGAAAGAUGUAUGGAUGGUCAGGGAAAGAGAAACAGAUCGAGGAAGGAAGAGUAGGUGGUGAAGAGACGGAUAGGGAGGAAUCACAUGGUGGUUUUCCUGAGCAGUUGGUUGCUAAUUCUUGAGUGCAAGUUGUUCGGCUUUUUGUUAGCUUGUGUUUGGGACAUUGAUUUGUAGAGGCCAGAGGAAAUUUUAACAAAAUGAAGCGGAGAAGCAACGUUCCCAUAGUGUUUUGCUCUUCGUUGGUGUAUUUCUUCUCAUAUUCAUUAUCCGAACAUAGCCUCGUUUCAAUGUCAGAUUAUGCAGUUUUGUUA